UUGGCAUAAAACAUUGACAGUCGAACAGCUGAAUUGAAGAAAGAAUUGUUGAACCACAUUACUGCAAAUCGAAAAGGCAUGACAGUCUACUGCUACCUGGACGUGGAAUUGAAAUUACGCGACGAAGAUAAAGCCGUUGUCACGCCUGCUUACUUUCUGGGAAGUAUAGAAGAUUCAUUGCAAAGUUUCUUCGGUGAGAUUGGUGGACAAACUGAUUUAGAAUUGGUAAAGUUUGACAAAAACCGGAAACGUGGAAUUCUUCGAGUGCAAGACGAAUUUCUCUCACGCACCCGUACUGCCAUUACCUUGAUUGGACAUUUUCAGGACAUUCCCUGUCAUUUUAUUGUGAAAGAAACGUCCGAAAAGAAACUAGAGUUUUAACUUUGCCAAUAUUCAUAUACAUUUUCAUUUAAGUUAAGAUGUCGUACUGCAAAUCGUUUGGUAAAGAUAAGGUCUGCUUCGUCACAAAAGAAGAUCAUGCAAUUCCAAGCACUAUUGAAUUGCCACCACCAGAGCCUGCACCAAGCC